CGUAAAGGCAUUUCCGGUUAAUGUGGGAGAGGAGUUGGAAUUUUGGGCGAGGAAGGAGCAGAGGGACCGAGUGGCCACGUCGCUGGAGCCUGGGUAGAAACAACAGCAAUUGGCGGUGUUCCGUGUGGCUGCUGCCCGGGCUUUUAUUAAGUAAAACAUAAGCCAUGAAGAAUCAAGAUUCUGAAAGUAAGUUCAAUCCACCUGCUGAUGGUCAUGAGACUCCUGUGGUUGGUGGUGUAGCAGCAGAGAGGGCAGACCCUGCUGGGAGAGAGGAAUGUCUGGGUGUUGCUCAGUCUUCUGGACCUGAAACCAAUUAUCAAAUCUGCAAAAAAUCUGAUGACCAGAAUGGGUUUGCUCAAAACCAUGAUAAUAUAAGUAUCAGUGAAGACACACUGAAUGGACCAACUGCAGGAGAUAGCAGUGAGGAAUCAUUAGCUGUUCAAGAGACUUCUUCCGUAGAUGGCUUGGAUACCCUCCAGCCUGAAUCUUCAACAGCUGAUGUCUCGGAUGAGCUCAGCAGACAGCUUGAAGACAUAUUGAACACGUAUUGCUGCAACCUGGCUGAGCAUAGUUCUGUUGUGCAACCUGAGGAAUCUCCUGAAAUGGAAGAAACAGAGAAAUGUGUUAACAGUGAGCCUUUGAGAAAUGGUGUGCGAGAGAUUGAAUGUGGGGGAAUGAAUGAAGAGAUAGAAAAGGUUGUGAAGGCAGAGGCUCGUGUAGAAGAUGUGAAAGAAAAUGGAGAUGUUCCAAACAACAAGGAUCAGAAAAAAGCACCAGAAAAGAAGAAAGCCAAAGCUUUAGGAAAGGAAAUCACAUUGUUGAUGCAGACACUGAAUACUUUGAGCACCCCAGAGGAGAAGCUUGCUGCACUUUGCAAGAAGUAUGCAGACAUGCUCGAAGAGCAUAGAAAUACUCAAAAGCAAAUGAGACUGCUACAGAAGAAACAAACUCAAAUCAUACAAGAAAAGGAUCACCUCCGCAAUGAGCACAGCAAAGCCAUUCUGGCACGCAGCAAAUUAGAAAGUUUGUGCCGUGAGCUGCAACGCCACAAUCGAACGCUCAAGGAAGAAGGUGUUCAACGAGGAAGAGAUGAAGAAGAGAAGCGUAAAGAGAUCACCUCUCACUUCCAGGUAACUCUAAAUGAUAUCCAGGCACAAAUGGAACAACAUAAUGAACGGAAUUCCAAACUGCGCCAGGAGAACAUGGAACUGGCAGAGAAACUGAAGAAAUUGAUAGAGCAGUAUGAACUGAGAGAGGAGCAUAUUGACAAGGUAUUUAAACACAAAGACCUGCAGCAACAACUCAUUGAUGCCAAACUCCAGCAAGCACAGGAGUUGCUGAAAGAUGCAGAGGAGAGGCACCAGAAAGAAAAAGAAUAUUUGUUAAAGGAGACAGUGGAAAGCCAGAGGAUGUGUGAGCUCAUGAAACAGCAGGAAGUUCAUCUGAAACAGCAGCUGGCACUAUACACUGGGAAGUUUGAAGAAUUCCAAACUACGCUUUCAAAAAGUAACGAAGUUUUUACAACAUUCAGACAAGAGAUGGAAAAGAUGACAAAAAAGAUCAAAAAGCUGGAAAAAGAGACCAAUAUGUAUCGUACCAGAUGGGAAAGCAGUAAUAAAGCUCUGCUGGAUAUGGCAGAGGAGAAAACCCUCCGUGACAAAGAAUUUGAAAAUCUUCAGGUAAAGAUUCAGCGCUUGGAGAAAUUGUGUCGUGCUCUUCAGACUGAAAGGAAUGAUCUGAACAAAAAAGUUCACGACCUGAGUGUUCAAUCAGCCCAACAAUAUGGCAACAGCGAGGAAGAAGAUACACAAUCCUUAAAUAAAGUUUCACAAGAUAAUCAAAGCAAAGAUCCCACUGCCAAUGUUUCUGCAAAGGCUGAUUGCCUUACCCAAGAGACUGUACUCUCGACUGAAGUUUGUGCCUGUGUGACUGAGGAGAUACAGUCGCCCAUGUUUACAGACAAUCGCGUGGAAUCUAGCAUUGAAGCCUCUAGCAUUCAGUCUGAAUUAUUACCAUCAAACAGCUCCUUGGAGUAGUUUAUUGCACAAAUAGGGAGUGUGUGAACAGAAGGGUUAACCUGAAUGUUGCUGUAGUCCAAAAUGCCACGUACCAACUGAAAGAACUAAGGCUCAUAAAGCUUAAGAUAACUAAAUUUUGGAUGAAAGUAUUAGUCAUUAGUGAAUUGAUAAAUAAGUUCCCUCUAAGGCUUGAUGACAUUGUCAGAAUUUCUAUUUUACUAGAUAAAUGAGGAUUCUAAGUAUGAGUAGUAUGUGUUUGUAUUCCUUGCAUGCAAAGAAAGUUGUCGUUUGGUAGUACAGAACUUGAGUAUUGCUGAAAAAAGAGACACUUUUUUCACUCAUCAGGACACUUGCAAGAAUACCAAUAUAAGGUAUUUAUACUGUAUGUGAAGGGAGUAUUGAU